GACACACCGAAGGGAAGUCCGGGGGCCGCUUCCACCGAGUCCGAGUGACCCCGCCCCCUGCAUUCUGGAAGGUGAGGCGCAGAAGUCCCCAGACAUGGACCUCAGGCGCAGGGACUUUCCCCUUCCGUGAGCCCAGGAUCUCACAUUCUUUCUCUCAGGAUCUUCGAGCGGGUCUUCUAAACUCCCUCCUCCCCAGGACGUUGGAGUCACAGCCUCAGAUCUUUCUCUCCAAUCCCACGAGUGGGUCAGAACUCCUUCCUUUAAAAUGUCGGGAUUCCCACCAGCAAGCUCUCCCCUACACUAAAAUUCGGGAAGUCUAGAGCUCUGCCCCAGCUUCCUCAGACCCCAGCUCCAUCCUCCAGCAAGACUCAAGACAGCUCCGGAAACACCUCCUUCCCCCAGUUCCCCAGACAACAAGAUCUCAGGCUCCUCCCUCGGGACUUCCUCUCAGUUCCACCCUCUUCUUCAGGGUCCACCAUGGGACGCCCCCCACCCUGUGCAAUCCAGACGUGGAUCCUUCUGUUUCUGCUAAUGGGAGCGUGGGCAGGACUCACCAGAGCUCAGGGCUCCAAGAUCCUGGAAGGUCAGGAGUGUAAACCCCACUCCCAACCUUGGCAGACAGCCUUGUUCCAGGGCGAGAGACUGGUCUGCGGGGGUGUCCUGGUCGGAGACAGAUGGGUCCUAACUGCAGCCCACUGCAAAAAAGACAAGUACUCCGUGCGUCUGGGUGAUCACAGCCUUCAGAAAAGAGAUGAGCCCGAGCAAGAGAUCCAGGUGGCUCGGUCUAUCCAGCAUCCUUGCUUCAACAGUAGCAACCCAGAGGAUCACAGCCAUGACAUAAUGCUCAUUCGACUGCAGAACUCAGCAAACCUCGGGGACAAAGUGAAGCCCAUCGAGCUGGCCAAUCUGUGUCCCAAAGUUGGCCAGAAGUGCAUCAUAUCAGGCUGGGGCACUGUCACCAGCCCUCAAGAGAACUUUCCAAACACCCUCAACUGUGCAGAAGUGAAAAUCUACUCCCAGAACAAGUGUGAGAGAGCCUACCCAGGGAAGAUCACCGAGGGUAUGGUCUGUGCUGGCAGCAGCAACGGGGCCGACACGUGCCAGGGCGACUCGGGAGGUCCUCUGGUGUGCAACGGGGUGCUCCAAGGCAUCACCUCGUGGGGCUCAGACCCCUGUGGGAAACCUGAGAAACCCGGAGUCUACACCAAAAUCUGUCGCUACACUAACUGGAUCAAGAAGACCAUGGGCAAGAGGGACUGAUCCUGGGGAUGGGCGGUCAAUAAAGACCACUGCUGGCUCCUC